AUGCAGUUCCAAAAAUCCAGUGAACAUGCAUUAUUCAGCAACUCCGUGGUUGACGUAUUCACUCAACUGACUCAGUGUUUCGACGUAGUGUCUAAGCUCGAGUGUCCAGAUCCAGAAAUUUGGAAGCGGUACAUGAAGAGGUUUGCAAAAACCAUCGUAAAGGUCCUCGUAGCUUAUGCUGAUAUUGUUAAGAAGGAAUUUCCUGAGCAUUUAAAGGAGGAGAAAGUGGCAUGUAUUCUAAUGAACAACAUACAACAACUACGCGUUCAACUAGAAAAAAUGUUUGAGGCAAUGGGUGGUACUAAAUUAGAACGAGACGCGGCUGACAUUUUGCACGAUUUACAGCAGAGCUUAAACAGUACACUGGAUGAGCUUGCGUCUAUGUUUGCUAAUAGUCUGGAGGUUCGCAUUACAGCAAGUGUAAAGGAAUUAGGGGAACUACUACAAAAAGUGGGCGGUGGGGGAGCGCCUGGAGCUCCACAACCACCCGCACACCAUGAGGCUGAUGAGGUGCUACGUCCCCUGAUGGAUAUACUGGAUGGCUCUUUAACUAUGUACGCUGAAUCUUGCGAAAAGACAGUGCUGAAGCGGUUGCUCAAGGAAUUGUGGAAAAUUGUUAUGAAAAUAUUAGAAAAAACUGUAGUGCUUCCACCCAUGACUGACAAAACGAUGAUGCUGAAAAAUCUUACAAACAAUGCAAAGAACCUCGCGGCAAAUGCGAAAAUAGAAGACAUGACUCAACUUUUUAAGAGCACGGUUGGGAAACAGGAUGUGAAGCAUGCGCUCUCCGGUGUGAUGGACAUCUCUAAAGAGCAUUUAUCGGCCGAGAAGAGUCUAACGCCGAAGCAGUGCGCCGUGCUCGACGCUGCCUUAGAUACUAUCAAACUGUAUUUCCACGCGGGAGGCAAUGGUCUUAAGAAAACCUUUUUGGAGAAAAGCCCUGAGCUGCAGUCUCUGAGAUACGCGCUUAGUCUGUACACGCAGACUACCGAUACGUUGAUCAGGACAUUUGUAACGAGUCAACAGAACCAAGAUGCGGCAGUGGCGGAGGAGGGCAGCGUUGGAGAAGUGUCACUUCAAGUGGAUCUGUUCACUCAUCCGGGAACUGGAGAGCACAAGAUCACUGUCAAAGUGGUCGCAGCUAACGACUUAAAGUGGGUUAUCGCCAGCGGCAUGUUCCGUCCAUUCAUAGAGGUGAACCUAAUCGGUCCGCAUCUCGCGGAUAAGAAGAGAAAAUUCGCCACCAAGUCAAAGAGCAACAACUGGAGUCCGAAGUUCAAUGAGACUUUUCAUUUCAUGGUGAGUGCGACGGAGCAGCUUGAACUGUUCGAGCUACACGUGUGCGUGCGAGAUUAUUGCUUUGCGCGCGAAGACCGGCUCGUCGGUGUCGCCGUCAUGCGCCUUGCUGAUAUAGCCGAACAGGGUUCAUGCGCCUGCUGGCUGCCAUUGGGUACGCGUGUUAAAAUGGACGAAACUGGUUGGACGAUUCUUAGAAUUUUGUCUCAGAGGCACAGCGAUGAAGUUGCAAGAGAAUUUGUUAAGCUUAAGUCAGAAAUGCGAGCAGAAGCUCCCAGCGGCAAUCAAGGGCCAUCGUGA